AUGGGGGACGGCCAUGGUUACAUUGACCCUGCUGCAUUGACGCAGGCUGCUGAGGGUCCGAUCUUCUCGUCAAGCUCUCUGGACAUUCCUGAUGCCUUCACAGUCGAUGCGCUGGUACCUGAAGGCAAUUGCCCUUCCCAUCCUGGAGACUUGUGUCUAUGUCACGGCUUCCUUGGUGACUGGGACGUUGCAGCACCAUUCCCUACUGUGACGGAGACGCUCACUGCCUCGGGUCUAGACGAGCCCGACUACUCGAAGUUCGAGAAUUGGAUCCCUCGAUUUGUACGACCAGAGAAGCCUUGCGACUACUGCAAGUCCAAACGCCUGGACUGCUAUCUGCAACGUGGUCAAGCUAGCUGCACUCCUUGCAAGUCGCUGUUCCGAGAAUGCAGUCUUACGAACUCGCAGACGCUGGAGUCCGUAAACUACUUUGACAAGGACAGAGGCACCUUCCUGGACACAUUACAUGCUGUAGAUGAGGAUCAAUGCUGUCAAGGUGGUCUGACUGGGAUCAAGACGCUGAGGUCAAGGGGACACGCUGGAACUGUUACGCCACCGGUAUUCGAAGAUGAUGCGCCAGGGAGCUCGAAGAGAAAUGGAAUUCGCUUUCCUCGAAAUGCAGUCAAGAUAUUGCGGGAAUGGCUGGACACUCACGUCGACCACCCAUACCCCAGCGAAGCAGAAAAGAUCGAGCUUGAGCGAAAGACCGAGCUUAAGCCUGCACAAAUAGCCAAUUGGUUAGCGAACGCACGUAGAAGGCGAAAGGUGAACGAUAAGGCUCGGCCUAGGGUCUGCGCGUCACCCUCUUUACGACCAACUACUCCGGCUCUACCAAUACCAGGGGCGACUGAGAAGCCGUGGGAGGAGCUCAAUCCUCUACAGAGAUGGCAGCACUCUCCACCCGAGAACGAACCAGCUGCUUUCACCGAUAUUGCGAACGCCGUUGCUAACAGCGACCUACCGGACGACGGAUCAACUUCGCCUUCUAGUGCUGGGCGCCCAAAGAAGUCAAGUGCUGGUUCCGGAUUCUCCAAUUUCCGUGCACCAUCUACGACUUCGCUCGACACAUCUGGCGCUCAAUCGUCUUCAAUUUCGCAGUCUAGUGCGGCCUUCUCACAGGGAUCUUCGCAGUCUCUGGGCUCAUUUGGCUCUUUCAACUCAUCAUUGGCGGGCAAACGUGAUAGACGACGCAGACGCCGACCAACCGCCCUUGCGCAACAGAGGCAGUCGGAAGACAAGAAGCGGAUGUUCCAGUGCACAUUCUGCACAGACACGUUCAAGUCAAAAUACGACUGGACGCGGCAUGAGAAGUCCUUGCACUUAUCGCUCGAAAAAUGGAUAUGCCAUCCGCUUGGUCCAAUGUUGGUAGACCCAGUCACAAAUGAGAAGAAGUGCGUAUACUGCGAGGAACGUGAUCCGUCCGGUGAGCAUAUCGAGGGCCAUAACCACCGACAAUGCGAAGACAAAGGACUUGAUGCACGAACCUUCUACCGGAAAGAUCAUCUGCGGCAGCACCUACGUCUGAUGCAUGGAUGUGGCAUGACAGCUCCAAUGGAUGUAUGGAAGUCCACAGCAGUCAACAUCAACAGCCGGUGUGGCUUCUGUGCUCAACGGUUUACUGUCUGGCAAGAGCGUGUAGAUCAUCUGACUGCCCAUUUCAAAGCUGGUGUGCGCAUGCGGGAAUGGAAAGGCUGUCGAGGACUCGACCCUGCUGUGGCGGCACAAGUCACAAACGCGAUGCCGCCAUAUUUAAUUGGCAUCGAGGCUGUAAGUCCACAGCCCUUUAGCGCCACGAACAGAUCGUCCUGGCACCUUCGCCGUCCUUCUCAAGGUGGACAACAGGUAUAUGAUGCGUACUCCAACGACCCUCUGAUGCGACCAGCCGUUGACGAGGCAGACAAUAGUUAUGCAACAAAAGCUACAUGCUGGGAAAUCCUUACGGUCAGGCUUGGCAAAUAUGCCAAUGAGAUGGCGCAAAAGGGAAUAGUCCUGACCGAUGAGAUGCUACAGCAGCAAGCACGACGCAUUUUAUAUGAGUCUGAUGAUUCGUGGAACCAGACUGCCGCGGACAAUCCUGAGUGGCUGGAUCUGUUCAAGAAGGCACAUGGACUUGACUUCAUUCCCGAUGCUGUUGGUGGCCAAGGUCUCGAUAUACCAGAGGAUCUGGAGACUUAUGGUGAUCUUGGUCUACGGAUUCCUUUCGCUGUACAGCUUGCUGCUUACAAUUCCAAGCAAGCUGUCGGUCAACCAUCGAGCAAAUUCGUACCAGAGGCAUACCAUGAGGCUUUAGCGAACAGGCGAACGCACUUCCGGGAUCUGUAUGCCCAGCUUUAUGAAGCUGCUAAGCUACACGACGAGGACUUUCGAUGUGGGCAUGAAGAGUGCAAAGAUAAUGUGGCCGAUAUCAGCUGGCUAGAUGCGAGCGAUAUUUCUGGGUCGAAGCACAAGCGCUGGUGCAGCCAAGAAGUGCCCUCCGAGCUAGUCAAGCCUUUUGCUGUCUACGGCCGUAGAUCACCUGCUUCGACAGCCACGCACUCUGUGCAAAACAGCGUGUCUGUGGGGCGUAGCAUGGGCGCGAUACCAUCACAUCUCACCACCGACUGGCUGAUCGACAAUGCGGAGCAGAGCAGCCGAGUGAAGGGACUUGAGGCUCUAGCACGUAUGGAGGUACCUAUGGUGGAUUGCCCAAUCCCGCCGGGCGAACGCAUUGGUGGACGUAUACCGAGACACAAGAUGGAACUCCCUCCGGAUCGUGCUCAGAGAUUUGCGACUGUCACCGGACCUUGGGAGGAUGCUGGUAUGAUGCCUGACGCUAUACCUGGAUAUAUCGCUCCUGGUGCACUGUCGGCUGAUUUGUCACUGCCGACGAUCGAGCAAACCCGUCAGGUCACGACGGGAGCCGUAAUGGAGUUUCUAGGUGGCGGAAUGGGAGGUCAUCUGUCUUUCAGCACUGACGCGAACACUUCUGCUAUACCCCUGAUGGCAUCUGCUAGUGAACUUGGCCAAAUUGACUGGUCGAUGCAGGAUCUUGAUGAGCUGAUCGCUGCGACUUCGACGGCUCCGCCUGCUACUUCUACACAGCUCGCUACCGCGUGGCACGGUGGCUCGAGUAUAUUUGCUGCCCAGUCUCUGGUGCACAGCAACUCGCGAUCAUCUUUGCCCACGAUAAUGGCAGAAGAAAGUCUGGGAGCAGAUCUAGUAAUGGAAGACUUGAAUUUUGACGACAUGACGUUUGAUGCCGCGUAUGAUCUGCCGCUAGACGACACGUUCCUGCCGCAGAUGGAAGGACUAUGA